AUGCCUUCAUACGCCACCACAAUAGCAGCCAUCGGGGCUUUCCUGCUCUCGCAGCCCGUUAUGGGCUCGGGGCAGAAAAAGACCCCCUUUGGAUGGGGUACUCAGUCGCUUGCUCACUUUGGUAUUGACCCAGACCUGGGGAGGCACAAUGAGCAGAACCUCAAUACUCUCGUUUCACAUUCUGCGAUGGCCAUUGCGUUGGAGACUGAAUAUGUCACCAUUCCUCUUGACCAUGACAAUGCAUCGGCUGGCACUUAUCAAAAUCGAUUCUGGGUUAGCGAUGAAUUCUAUGAGCCAGGCAGUCCGAUAUUUGUAUAUGAUACAGGGGAGGCGGAUGGCGCAUCGAUAGCCUCGGCCUACCUCACUUCCACACUUUCCUUCUUCAGAGAAUUUCUAAUCGAGUUCAACGCCAUGGGAAUCGCUUGGGAGCACAGAUACUAUGGAAACUCGACUCCGGCUCCCAUAUCCUAUGAGGCUCCACCAGAGACCUAUCAAUACCUCACCACCAAGCAGGCGCUCGCGGAUCUCCCGUACUUUGCUAGAAACUUCACCCGCGAGAAGUAUCCGGACGUGGACCUGACGCCGCAGGGCACACCGUGGAUCAUGGUGGGCGGCUCGUACGCUGGGGUCCGUGCUGCAUUAACUCGCAACGAGUACCCAGAGACCAUCUUCGCAGCCUAUUCCUCGUCGGCUCCGGUGGAAGCACGGGUCAAUAUGAGCGUGUAUUACGACCAGGUCUACCGCGGCAUGGUGGCCGAUGGAUGGACCAACUGCUCGGCAGAUAUUCACGCUGCUCUGGAAUAUAUCGACGAUCAACUAUCGGACGACGAUACAGCUACCUCAAUCAAACAACUCUUCUUCGGACCUGGCGCCGAAGCCAACUCCAACGGUGAUUUCACUGGAGCGCUAACCGCCAUCUACAGCUACUUCCAAAGCUAUGGUAUGGCAGGAGGGAUUGGAGGUCUAGGCGCAUUCUGCGAGUAUCUUGAAGUUGACCCCAAGACGAACGGGACUACCGGGCCGGAUGGUCUUGCCCCUACGUAUGGCGGCCAGUAUGUCGCUGAACGAUGGGCAGCAUGGCCCACCUUCCUCGAGCUGGUCAAUCUGAAUAUGGGGACCAACUGCGGACCUCAGAACGCUUCUCAGCCAAUUGACUGUGAUUUCUCCAAGCCAUACGGCGAUCCCGCGACCAUCACCUGGACUUGGCAAUACUGCAGCGAAUGGGGGUUCUUCCAAGCGAACAACGAAGGGCCACACUCGUUAGCCUCGCGAUAUCAGUCGGUGGAAUACCAGCAAGAAGUAUGUAACCGACAGUUCCCCGAUGCGGUGGAGAAAGGACUGUUGCCUCCAUCGCCGCGGGCGGAUGAGGUCAACCAAGAGUUCGGAGGAUGGACGAUCCGCCCGUCCAAUGUUUACUUCAGCGGAGGAGAAUUCGAUCCGUGGCGGUCACUGUCUAUUCUGUCUACGGACGAUAUCGCACCGCAGGGGGUGGAGUUUACGAGCGCGAUCCCAGCAUGCGGGGUGCAGACAGACGAAGACACGGUGUUUGGAUACGUCAUGAAGGACUCGGAACAUUGCUUUGACUUUCAGGCCACGCCGACCGUGGGUAAAUUGUCACGCGGCAUCUUCACGUCCGCCUUGUUGCAAUGGCUCGAUUGUUUUGGACAGAAUUCCAGUCAAACCAGGUGA